UGGGCGGUCCCAGCCACCGCCCGCCUCAGCGCAGCGCCCGGUGCGGGACGGGGAGGGGAGGGGCGGGACGGGGAGGGGCGGGGCCGCCCGGUGCCUGUGUGGGGAAGGAGCGGCGGUGCCCGAGGCCGCCCGGCGGCGCCAUGUCGGCCCCCCCGAGGAGCUACAACCCCUUCGCCGAGGAGGAUGAGGAGGUUGCGGAGGAGGAGGCGGGCGGCGCCGACCGGCAGCGCUACCUGCAGCGGGAGGUCCUGCGGCGCUCCGCCGCCACCGCCGACAGCACCGCCCGCUCCCUGUCGCUCCUCUACGAGUCGGAGCGGAUCGGCGUGGCCGCCUCCGAGGAGCUUGUACGUCAAGGAGAGUCACUGAAGCGCACAGAACAGAUGGUAGAUAAAAUGGACCAGGAUUUGAAGACCAGUCAAAGACACAUAAAUAGCAUUAAGAGUGUUUUUGGGGGGCUGGUUAACUACUUCAAACCCAAACCUCCAGAGAGCAAGCCAGAGCAGAAUGGAACUCCUGAAUAUUAUGCUAACAGUAGAUUAAAAGAAGCAAUGAUGUCUAGUAAAGAACAAGAGUCAAAAUACCAGGAAAGUCAUCCAAAUUUAAGGCGGCUAGAUAAUUCAGACAGUGAUUUCAGCAACAUAGAUUUAGUUACUUCAGUGCAACGGGAUGCCUAUCCAAAGAAUCAACAUCUGCGAGCUUACCACCAGAAAAUUGAUAACAACUUAGAUGAGAUGUCUUCUGGGUUGAGUCGUCUGAAAAACCUAGCUCUUGGUCUGCAGACAGAAAUAGAGGAGCAAGAUGAUAUGCUGGAUCGGCUAACCAAAAAAGUAGAGACACUGGAUGUCAAUAUUAAAAGCACUGAUAAAAAAAUCCGACAACUUUAAAGAGCUUAUAGAAAUUUUUGUCCAGCAUUAGUUCUUCUUGGAUGUCUUAUCUGAACAGAUCUCUUAAAAACUUGGACAAUAUCUAUUAAUUUUUUUCUGGUAUGUUAUUGAUUUUGUUGCCAUUAAAAUUGCAUAAUCUUAAGUGCAGCAUAAUACCUUAAUUUUCCUUAUAAUGUAAAUAGGAAAAGUGCACGCUGAGUAAAAUCUCUCAGCACUCUGUUAAUUCUUUUGUGCUGGAUACCUUUCUCAAUUGCAUUACUGUGAGUUGUAUGUGUGAAGGAAUUUGGAGUCUACAAAGCUUCAGUGUCCUUGGCCUGAAAGCUGUGAUGAGAAAAGUAACUACAUUUUUGCCUCUGUUUUGGGGAGGGGUCAGGGGGAACAGAAUGUACUUCUUUGUUCAGAGCAAAUGUUGCUAAUUCUGUUUACCUACAGCUAUUUAAAAUGCUGAAAAAAUGCUGAUUUCCAGCUGUAAAAAUAAUUGUAAGUGACUCUGGCAUUUCUGGGGCUUAAGGAACAAACUGUUCCAUGGAAGUUGUAAAUUGUUAACUAUCAAGGGUGUCAUGCAGGAAUGAUAAAAUCCUCUGCUUUUUCCCUUUCCAAAGAUGACUUUUCCCAAGAGGUAGAUGAACAGUAGUGGUUAUGACUGAGACUGUGAAUGCUAUCACCUUUAUGCUAUUAUCAGUAAAGAACUACAGGGGUAUAUUAUGGUUUACACAAAAUCUUGACUGACUGACAGAAACCGAAAAGGUUUGGGUAACAUAUUGUCAUCGUCUGAUUUUUUUUUUUUUUUUUUUUUUUUCCUUCCCUUUCUCAGCUUAUUCAGGUAGGUGGUUAUUUGAAAGUAGUUUCCAUUUCAGAAAUUAAGAAUUGGUCUGAUACUGUGCGAACAGAUCAUAGAUCAUUCCUUAAUUUAACCUUUAGUUCAGAUAAAGGUGAUGAGGGAGCAAGUAGGUGCUGUGACCUCCUUGGUAAUGUGACUGGUCUUAAGAUGCACAACUAUGAUUGGCAUACUUCUACAUAGGCUUAGCAGGUAUUAAAAAGCUUCUGCAGAUUAAGAAAUGUUUAAAAAGUUUGAGUCUUCCAGAUAAAUGUUGAGCCUUCCAAUUUGUUUUGUUCUUUGUUACAGUAAGUAUCACUGUAGAAUGAAAUAAUUACAGCUCUACUCCAACCUGAAGACAUGACAGGGAGAACUAGAUGUCUUGAAAACAAAUAAGCUAUUUCAGUUUGGAGAAGACCCCUGUCAGCAUUGCAGCACUUAAAUAUCACAAAUGACAAUGAGUGACUAAGACGCUGUCACUUCUUUGAGCUGCUACCAUGUUAUGAAGUAAAUUAAAACCUUGAUGUUCAGGACCGUCAAGCUUGCAUCCUUCAUGAAUAUCACAUUCACAGCUUCUCCUUUCUUUUGUAAAAGGAAUUGUUACCUUGAGCUGACUUGCUAUAAAGCGUACCUUGUUUGUUAAGGAAGCACAGGAAAACUGAAGCCUUUCUUGUUGUACAGUGUCUCCUGAGAGUUCACUUGUAGAAAAAUAAAUCACUAAAAAAAAGCUACACUUCUUGAGCAUAGUAUUAUGAAAAAAUAGGCAUAUAUUCCUGCGCUUACUAGCAAAGCACAAUUGUGAAUUAGAUUGAAAGUGAGCCUUUAACUUACUACUGUCAUUGGUUUUGGUCCCUAAAAAAUAUAUGCCUCCUAGAGACUUAAAACUUUGUGAGCUAUUAGCAUCUUUAUUUGCUUUUCAACUUUCAUUUUACAUGUCACUUACAUUUAUGAGGAAGCUUGGAAAACCUUAUUAAUGACAACUUAUCUACUUUUGUGAGUGUAUAUCAUAAUUAAUUUUCUUUUACUCUGUUAGAAUAUUCAAGAAUCAUAUGAUUUAAUGUCUCAGGAAGGUCAAUAGAUUUAUUUAGGAAAUGGUGCCAAUCAUUAGUUUUCACAAUCUCUAAGUACCUGGGUGAAGGAAUAUUGAAAUUGAGUGUACCUGUUUUAAUUUUGUAUUUGACUCUCCCCUUUUUAUUAAAAGUAAUUAAUAGUAAUAUUUGAACCUUAAAAUGAAAAGUCUGUUGAGAAUAGAGGAUAUUAAAAAAAAAAAAAAAAGCACAGUAAUUAAAAACAUUUGUUUUAGUUCGAAAUCUGCCUUUAUCUGUAUGCAGCUAUUUCACAAUUACAUUUUUUCCAAAGUUAGACUUCGGUAACUAGGUUGUAGGCUGAGGUUUUCUCCACUAAGUUAUGGUUAAUGAAGGAAAAAUGUAUCUGGAAGAUCUAGUUAUGUUAUGUGUAAUAAGAAAUGUGGAGCUUGAAUCCAAGCAAAAAUUUCAAUUGAUUUAAAAGUAUGUUAUCUUUCUGACGUAAGCUCUUCCUUCUUUCAUUCUGAAUUGUUUCAUGGAACAGACUCAAUUUUUUUGGUCAACAGUUUAUUUGUAUCAGCCUUACUAAAUGUUUCCUGCAUUCUGGAUAUCUCUUGAUGCCUUUGAAAACAAAGGCAAAAAAGAGGAAUAAAACAAUAAAUCCUAUUUCUGCUUUGAGAACCUCAUGAUCCAAGCAGACUAGAAAACCAAGAUCUCAGCCAUGUGGAGGUUAGAGGCCUAACAUUUCAUCUCUUCUAACAGUUCCAUUCACAGUCUCAGUAACAUAGGUCUUUGUUUUCUUGCUAUGGAGGCUUUCCUGUGCUAUUUAUUUAUUUGUUUGUUUGAGAAAACAUUUGUUUUCUUGCUAGUUAGGCUUUCCUGCUCUAUCUAUUUUUGUUUUGCUUAAUAGCCUUGUUUUAAAGGACUGUUUCCCACAUCGAGCUUUCAUUGGGGGGGGGGGGGGGGGGAAGAUUGUGCAAGGGUAUAAAUGGGUAUCUGCUACAAAAUGAAUUUGCUUUCACAACUUUCAUAAAGAUGCUUUAUACUUUCUGCUGAUAAAGAAGUUUAAUUGAUGUGAAGCGACAACUCUAUCUUGUAAUAGCGUUGUUUUUUUUUUCUCAUUAGAGUAACUUUCUAUCCUGCAGGGAAGAGAGAUUUAAAGGAGGAAAAAAAAAAAAAAAAAAAGCUUUUCCUUUCCAGGAAAUGUCACUGACUUUAUAUAUGUUUUGAAGGACUUUUUGCGACUUUUCUUACAAGUUCCUGAUAAGACAUACAAUUUUAUUUCUUCUUGGAUACUUACCUUGUGUAGGGUUUAGAACUUUCAGAAGACACCAGUGCUAACUUGAUAAGCUAAAUAAAUUGUUUUGUCUAAAUAUUCAUGUUGGCAUUCAUGUGUCCUUGCAGCCAUAUAGCUCUGAUUAAUUUUAUGCUUACUGGCUUGAGUAGAAGUUUAAUACUAAGGUCAGCAUGAGAGAUCAAAAAAAUCUUUUAAAUCUUCUUUAUAAAAGGGUAUUUUCUUGCUUCUCAAAAUUUGCUAAUAAAUUUUGAAGAAGUGUUAAAUACUGGAAACGUAGUAAGAUACGUUCUAAAAACAAAGAGGGGAAAAAAGUGGGAAUAACCAGAUACUUGGUUACUCAGUGUAUAUGAUUAUAAAUUGCUUGAGUGUUGAAUUACAUACUGUAACAAAUGAUGCAUAGCUGAAUUGUCAUCUGUACUGCAAAGAUUUGUUGCUGUGCUGAACUCUUUUGUCUUACUGAAAUCACUGGGACGCUAUAUUGUGUCCUAUGAGGACAUAGCAAGGCUGCCAUCCAAAAUUUCUAAUAAAAACUAUUGCCUUUAUUUGGUUUAUAAACAAAUGCUGUCUGUAAUCAGCUGGCCUUUCCCUGAAGAAGGUUUUACAGUUGUUGUUCUGUUUUUUAAUUUGUAAAACUUAUCUGAAAUAUAUGGCUGCCUAGUAUUUUUUAUGAUGUGUGAAAUAGAAAAUGCCUACUAACCACUCUGCCUUCUAAACAGACAGACUUUCACUGGCAUUUUUUGAGGCAUAACGUCAUGUGGAGGAGAUGUAUUAAGUUUGACUCUGAAAUAUGUGGGGAUUCAUUUUUAGAAUCACAGGCAGUGUUAGUUGUGUCUACAGCUUUUUUUAACAGUACUUUAGUUCUAUACCACCCAGGUAUAACAUUUGCUUUUUCUUUUAUUUAAAUGCUAAACUGGACUGUACUUCAUCAAUUUAGGAAAUUAAGUAAGUGUUGAAUGGUAAGAUGGUCAAUAAAGGUGCUUAUUGUUAA